AUGCUCGUGUUCGCAUUCCGUCCGAACUGUUUUGUCCUACCGCGGCUGCCGUCUGUUCUUGAUGACAACAAACAUGGCGACCUCAAUGUCACUUUUGGGACUGGGACGUCUUUCUGUGAUCAACGCUGCUUCUAAAGUGUUCCUGAAACCCCUUAGCACGUCGGCACAGAGGCUGGCAGAGGGAGCCGGACGAGACACGCAGCUCAUCACAGUCGAUGAGAAACUGGACAUCAGCGCUGUGACAGGGGUGCCGGAGGAGCACGUGAAGACACGCAAAGUUCACAUCUUCGUGCCCGCCAAGACCGCAAUGCAGUCGGGAGUCAACGGCACCAAAAAGUGGAAGAUGGACUUUGACACCAGGGAACGUUGGGAGAACCCACUGAUGGGCUGGGCCUCAAGCGCUGAUCCCUUAUCCAACAUGGUGCUCUCUUUCUCCUCCAAGGAAGACGCCAUUGCCUUUGCUGAGAAAAAUGGUUGGAGCUACCACAUCACCGACAAACGAACUCCAAAGCCUCGCGUCAAAUCCUACGGAGCCAACUUCUCUUGGGAUAAGAGGACCAGAAGGUCCGCUAAGUAAACUGGAGAGGCAUCUGUUGGUUGCUGUGGCUUCGCUCCCAUUGUCCCGCUCCCCCCCCUCAGCGGCGGUCCUGUAUAAUUGCUGUCAAUAAAUCACACAUUUAAACCAAAA